CCGCAGGUGGCGCCUGCCGCCCUCCACGCGCUCGCUGGCGGCCCCGCGGCCGCGGCGGCCCUGGCGCUCAGCGCGGCCGCCGCCGCCACCAGGCAGCCCACGUUGCAGGCCGCCGCGGCGGAGAGGCAGGACGAGGACGAGGAGGACGAGGACGAGGAGGAUCCCGGGGCCGACCGCAUGCGGCAGGCGCUCAAGGCGCUGCGGCAGCGGCGCGAGCAGCUCGACGACGUGCAGGCGGAGCUGGAGGCCGCGAAGGCGGAGGCCGAGCGCCUGCGGGGGGAGCUGGGGGAGGCCACGAGCUCCUCCGCCGCCGCGUCCGUGCAGCUUCAGGGCCAGCUCAGCACCGCCAGGGCGGAGCUGGAAGGAGCGCAGCGGGCUAGGGCCGCCGCGGCGGCCGAGGCGGAGGCCCCCUGCCCCUCCGCGCGGCCCGCCGCCCCUCCCUCCGGCCGUCCUGGCGGAGAUCGCCGAGGCUAGCCCAAGCUCGAGGCUCGAGGAGCAGGGGCAGGAGGAGCCUG